CUGCGUUGUCGUUGUGUCGAGUCUCUGCAGUCUCUGGGCGCCAGCCGUGAGAAGCGAAGAUGCGGCGGAAGGCUUGGUCGCUCCUGUCUCUGCCCGCCGGGGGCGCACAGCCGCGGCGGGCGCAGAGGCGGAGCGGCGCCGGGCCGUUUUUUGUGUGGGGUGACGUCAGGAACCAGCGAAGGAGACAGAGAAGCGGGAUCGAGGGCAGUUCGCUGUCGCGUUCCUUCUCCGCCAAUGUGUCAGGGAGGCAAUCACGGACAGAGGUGCAGGAAGGCGUUCCUAAAAUGGAUGAAAGCUCGCGGUCCAGUCGCUCCUCUUUGCUCCGAAGUCGAACGGCUGCACCUCCAGCGGACGCGCUGACUCCUCCUGCGAACUGUCCCGCGACUCUGCGGUUUCCGGACGUCCCGCAGACUGCCUCCAGAAGCCGCGGUUUUGUCCGCCGCGACGAAAGCGUUUUCCCUGCGUUUUGCCACAUCCACAUCCUUUACAGGACUUCGCUUGAGUUUUGCCGCGGCGCUUCUGCGAGCAGCGCGGGUUUCGCCGACUUCGUUUUUCCCUGUACGCCUCUUCCUCGCCACCGUUUGACAGCCUGCCGGGGGUGCCGGAGUCUCAGUUCAAGUUCUCACGCUGAGUUUCGACAAAUCCGGCGACGGGAGCUGCGGUCGUCUUCUCCCAUCCUUCCCGGCGGGCCUGCUGGCCGACGGGCGCGAGACAGCUUCGCGCCUGCGAAGCCUCCGCCUGCGUCUUGCUUUGAGGAAAUCGCGGCGGACGACAACGCGGGGAGAAGGAGCAGUCCGGCGGACAGAGCCAACCAUAGAGACAGCUCUGAAAAUCAGAGAGAAGGACGAGGAAGGCUCCCCGUCUCUCCGGAGACCGCGCGAGGAAACAGAGAGGCCAGCAGGUGUUGGGAGCGAGGCACAUUCGCUGCGCGACACCCAGCGGUGACGUCUCAGCCUCACGAAGACUUACACGGUUCCCCGUAUCCCCAGGCGCCUUUGGAGGAUGCAUCAGGACGUUCCUCGGCCGCCGACGGGUCUGCGUCCACUUUUCGUCCUCCUCGGGGCUCCUAUUCAGCGUCUUCCACUUCAGUUCACACCUCUUCGUCCUCGCCUUCUUCUCCAUCCUCCUCCCCUCCUGUCUCGUCUCCUGCUUCCGCUUCUGCCUCUCCUUCUUGCGUUGCUUCUCCUUCCUCUCCCUCGCCCGGUUUUCCGUCUCUCUCAUCUUCGAUAGCUGAGUCAACUUCUCGCCGAGUGUCGUCGUGCUUUGCACAGCCUCAAGAGUUCUGCGGGGUCGUGAAGCUCGCGAGGAAAGCGGCGACGGAGGCGGCGUCUGUGGGCCGUCUGUCCGGCGCGGCGCGUCAGCAGCGCGAACUCGAGGUGUCUCUGUUAUGGAGACAGUUGGAGCAGCAGGUGCUCGGCGAGGGGCUGCUGCCACUCCAGUUCCUCGCGCCGUCUGAACUCUCGCUACUCCUCAGUUGGUGCGCUCGCGGUGGGUUUUUCUCGCUUCCACUUUUUCUGAAAGUCGCAGAAAUCGCGGCGCCUCAGCUCCCCCUGUGGCCUGCCCGAGAUGUGCAGACACUGCUUCUUGCGGUCGACCGAUUCGUGGCUGCGCAUGGCCUGCAAGAAGGGGAUAAACGGCUUCACGGCGGAGGGGCAGCAGGGCCAGAAGAGGAAGGACAGGGAGGCGAGGGAGGCGAGCGAGGAGAGGAAGGUGGGUGGGAGAAGAGAAGACGUAGACAGACGCUUCAGACAAACGCGAAUCGCUCCAGAGAUGAAGAGGCAGUCGCAGCAUCCACCGUGGAAGCGGGUGUGAGCGCAGAGCUACCGCAGUCGUCCCCUCACGUGGUUUCUGCGCCUGCGUCUCGUCCUUCUGCGUCGGUGUCUCAUGCAUCUUAUUCUAUCGCUUCGUCUCCUUGUUCAUCGGCUUCGCCUCUCUGUUCUUCCUCGCUGUGUGGAGAGGAGGGCGAAGCGCCCGCUGCGGUGCGUGCCGGUCGUCUGCUCUUCACUGCGGGGUUUCAACACCUCCUGGCUCACUUGCCCGCGUAUCGGCCGCGCCACCUCCGAAACCUGUUCGAUGUCUUCAUCGCUCACGAGGCGCUUCUCGCCCCAGAAGCCCUCGACGCGGAUCGAGAAGCCUCAGGUGUACCUGCAUCUGACGGCAGGACUCGGAGACUGGCGUCGCCGCCGGGGGAGCGCGGCAGACAGGAGAUGGAGACGCUGGAGCAAAGCGAGGCCGACGAGAAGGGUCGGAUGAAUUCACGAACUCUUAUCCGCCUCGCCAGAGCUGCAUCGACGUCUGUAGAUCCCAAUCAGAGACGGGAGAAGCCUCCCGGUAGCUGCUCGUUCACAGCGGGGGUCUCUGAUCAGACACCUUGCUCUUCUUCUUCUCCGGGCGUUUCCCUUCCGUUUCAACUCGCAAGGGAAGUGGCAGCUCGCGCCCACCUUCUUUCUCCGGCGGCGCUGUGCGAAACCGCCUUUUUCUUCUUCACUCUCUCCUCCCGAGGCAAAACCUACUCGAUGUCUCUCCCCGCCGCAGCGACCUUUCCAACGCGCUUCCCACCCCUUUCUCCUUCUUUGUCCUCUGUUCUGUCUGAAGACCUCUCUCAUUCGUCUCCCUGUCCAGAUCCCUCUUCUUCCUGGUCCUCUGCAUCUUCUGUCGCUGCCUCCUUCGCAUCACUUUCCUCUUCUUCUUCGCUUGCAGAGCUCGCGAUGGCUGUGGGGACGCUGGUAGCUCGCCGGCUCCUGGAGGCCUCCGCGGCGCAGCCGCCGAGAGGCGAGGACGGGAAGGAGCAGAAGACAGGGGAGAUGAGCGUCGGCCUCGGAGCCGCGACGAUAUCGCCACUGCCUCCUUCGAGUCUUCUCAGAGUCCCCACAGAAGACGCGAGCCAGCCCCGUAGGAAAGGGCGUUCCGAUCCUGAGGCCUUUGCCUUCAACGCGCCUCCCAAGGUCCACAGCAGUUCCGAAGGCGCAUGGGAGACAGGAGGAAGAGGGCGAAGCAGACCCAGCGGCGAUGGCGAAGCGAACGCAACGCCGGACGCCUCCGCGCUUCGACCUGUAGACGGCGAAACGUACGCGAAGGCUGCGCAUGUGUUUUGCCGACUCGCCUACGCCGCGGAAAAGCGAGCGAGUGAGGCUGAGACACGAGCCCGCCGUCAAGGACGAGAAGAUGGAGAGACAGUGGAAGCGACCAGACGCUUCUGGAGGCAUUUUCUCCACAUCUGGCUUCUUCCCCACUUGCGAGCUGCUCUGGCCGAGCAGCAGAGCCUGGCGCGCCUGUUGCUUCAAAUCCACGAGCGGAAACGUGUACCUCGAACUCCCGCUCGCGUCCCUUUUUCAGGUGGCGCAUGCACCCCCAGUUCUUCUCUUGCAACUUCGGCGGCUCUGCAGCCGCUUCCUUUCUCCGCAACGUACCUGGGCAUGGUCGCUAACGCUCUCACCUUCUGCCCCUUCUCUCCCUGUCUCCCUUCACCCUCGCAUCCAUCUGUUACUUCUUUCUCUGCUUCCGCUUCGUCCUCUUCUUCCGACUUGUCUUUCCAUUCUCUGCCUUCUGAAGCCUCUUUUUCUGCCUCUUCUGUCUCUUGUUCUCCGCAUCCUUCAUCUGCGUUUACCGCUUCUUCGACCUCUUCUGCUCCCCAUAGUUUCUCUUCUGCUCGCGAUCUCGUGUCUGUUUCUUCUUCGUCGGAGCUGCUUGGGCUCGUCUGGCGCGAGUUGCUGAGCCCUGCAGUGUUGCGCGUGGCGUCCCAGGAGAUUCUUUUGCGGUCGCUGGCGUUGAUGGCUGCGGCGGCGGCGCGUUGCAGGGCCUUGCGUGAGAGCGAGAGGACGCGGGUGUUCGAGGAACUUCUGGACCCUGCGUUGCGGUGUCUGGACCGCGAAGCGAACGAGGAAAGAAGGCGACAGAUACACGCUGAGAAAAAGAGAAAAAACACAAAGAACGCGACGGCUGCGGGACUCCCAGAAAAGCUCCUAGCGGAUGCGUUCGCCGCGGUGUUUGCAAGCUCCCCUUCUUCGUCCUCUUUCUUUUUAACCAAUGCGGGGCUUCCCCACCUCUUCUACCUCCUCUGCGCGCGAGUCGACAACUCUCUCGAGGUGGUCCCCUUGGACAUUCUCGUCUACAUUCUUCGUGCCUUCUCCAAUGUGUAUGUGACCCUCGGCUCUCCCCAGCUCUGUUCUUCGCCUGUGUCUCCUUCUCUCUCUCCUUCUUCGCUGUCUCCUGCUUCUUCCGUCUCGUCCUGUUUCCCUGCGUCUUCCCGCCUGUCUCCGUCUGAGACUGGGGUGAGUUCGGCGCAUCUGCCUGGGCUUCAGGCCGCCCUCUUGGGGCUUUUUCAGCGUGCAUGCAACACGCGCCUCAGGGCGGCCUUCCUGUCUGUGGACGCGACCGUUUCUCUGCGGACUUCGUCUCUGAGAGGUUCUUCUCUUCAGCCGGCUGCUCGCGAGGCUUCGCUGGCCUCCGCUUCUGGCCUCUCACCUGACUGUUUGCAUGCGCUUUUAGCUGCAUGCACGCGUUUCGGGAAAGUGCCUGUCGAGCUCGUUUGCGCGAUAAACAGAGAACUCACGGGCUUCGCGGCGCCUGUGCCGCGGCCGCCCGCCGCCGGACGCCCCCAGGGGCUGCGUUUUGUUCGGACCCAAGGCGAUUCGGUGCAGCAUGUCGCCGCUGCUCGCCGUGCGAUCGUCCGCUCCCUCGCCCCCCCGACAGUUCCUCUCAGUCAUGUGUUAACGGCGCUUUCUGCGCUCUCUCGUCUUCCGUUCAGACGACGAUUCUCUCCCCAGUGGGAGGCUCUUGAACAGGCUCUCAUCUUCCACCUUGAACAGUCGUCGCCGUCGUGUGUUCAUUCUUCUCCUUUUCCUUCUUGUCCUCCUUCUCCUCUCUCUUCUUCUCCUGCGCUUGCUACUGCUGCUUCCGCCGACCUCGCAGUUUCUGCUGCCUCAGGCGGGCCUUCACUUCUUUCGCUCGGCGACUUGACACGCGCUGUGCAGACGUUCGCCUUCGCCCUCAGAGAGCCGCCUGUCGCGCUCUUGGCCGCGGUGCCGCCCGUCCUGGGCCCGCAAGUGGCACAGGUUUUCGCGAAACCAGCGGCAGAGAAUCUAGAAGAGACACGAGAAGGGACAAUCGGGGCGAGGACGGAAGAGGAGAGAGAAGGCGGGUUGUCGGGCAACGUAAGCGACGCGCAAAGCAGCCAAUCCCCAAUGAGGGAGAAGGACGGCUACUCGACGACUCAAGCGGGCAACGCAGACGCACCGAUCAAAGAAGAAGAAGAGGCAAGAGGAGACACAGAGGGAAAGCAGGGGAAGCGGUCGAGAGCCGGUGGAGAGCAAGGCCGGGCAGAAGGAUGCGACUCUCUAGGAGAGUCGAGGGGAGGCGCCAACGACGAAACACGCAUGUUGGAGUCUUUGGGGGACGCGGGUGCAGAGGCUGCGGAGACGUCGCUCGAAAUGGUGUGCAUGAACACCCGAAAGACCCUCGAGAGUCUCGUCCGACUGGACUCGCAGACGCGCGGAGUGCCGCGGAAGCUGUCUGUGGAGUUCGAGGGCGACAGUGGAGAGAAAUGUUUAGCCGACCAAGGGCGUCCCAACCUCACGUACUCUUUGGAGGAAGAUCCAUUCUGGAAGCUGACGGAACACACGCUGACUGCGUUCAUGAAGCUCCUGUCGCUUCCCUUCAUCAGCCCCCCACGACCUUCAGUUGUACGUACACCCGAUGUGCAGAGAAGCGAAACACUUCCAGGCUCCACGUCCACUGCGGGUGGCGACGCGGCGACUGCAGCCGCCCCGGGUUCUGCGACUUUCGGUACUCUCUCUCUCUCUUCUUCGCGCGAUCUUCCUUUCUCUCCUUCGUCAUCGGCUGCACUGCCUCUGCACUGCUCCCUCACGUCUCCGUUUUCUCUCAGCACUAGGUCUGCAGCGAAGGCUGACAGUUCCGUCGGCCCGGCCUCCUCCGUCUGCUCUCGCUCUUCGUCCCAAGAAGCAGACAGGCCUGUCUCGGCACAGUGGAACCUCGACCGCCUACGGACUGUCUGGCACCCGCACGGUGUCAAUACAAUCGGGGACGCGGCCUCCUGCGCGACGCUGUUGCUCUAUCCUCCCGUCUUCUUCUCGGCGUUCAAGUGGUGGCGCAACCUGCGGGCUCUUGAGAGACUGACGAGUACGAGUUCGACGGACGGUUUACAUCUUGAAGCUCUUUGUUCACCUGAUUCAAGUUCCUCGCACCCAGACUCAUCGGCUGUUAAGCAGCAGACCGAGAGCAACGAAACGCCGAGCCUGAGAAGCAGCAGAACGGAAGCUGAGCAGACAGCAAAGGCGACAUUAAAGGAGGCAGGGCUGGAUUCGGAGAAGGCGCCAGGGGUAGAGGCCGAAGCCAAGAGGGCGACGGAAACACAAAGGGAAAUGCCAGUGCUAGCGACGGGUCAGGUCGUCAUCGAGGUUGGAGAGGAUGGGGAAGAAGAACUACAUGCAAGAAAGAAUAGGCGCGAGGACGGCAUGGUGACAGCCUGUCAGACGCCUACGAAUGUGAAUGCGACUCGGCUGUCUUCAGCUGGUGUUCCAGCGGUGGUAUCCGCUUCUUCCUCCGCUUCCUCGUUGUCAGCAGCUGCCGAUUCUCCGUCGACUUCGUCUUCUGUUGGCCCUGUAGCUGGUCCCCGUUCUUGGACCUCAAUUUCUUCUGUCCCUUCAGCGUUUCCUCUGAGAGAGGUGGAUCAUGUUCGCACUGCGCGGUUCCUCUGUUGCAUUGUCGUCGGCAUCUUCGACGGUUUGCUUCCCUCGAAUGGUGCCUCAGAGUCACCCGACGGGUCCACCAACUCUCUGUCGUGCUCUGCCUUUCCUCAGUCUGCUUCCGCUUCUCCGUCGUCUUCUCCGUCUUCUGCCUCUUCUGUGUCUUCGUCCUCUGCGAGUUCCUCUCGCCGCGUCGCGCAGCUUCUGGCACUGAUGGAGAAGAACGAAGUUCUCGUUUUGGAAUGUCUCCGCGUGGCGGCCAAAGCCGUUGAUGAAAGCGAGACGAGGCGGCGAGCCGCUUGCGAAGGAGACGCGCGGCGGAGAGACACCCCAGAGGUGCAGCAUGGAGCUUGCGGCCUCAGAAGAGGAAGCGAAGGCGCUCUCGUCGGUGCCCCAACCGCGCGCGUCAUCAAUGCGAGUUUCUGUCAAACGGGCCGCCGAAGCGCAGAAAACGAGAGGAGAGAGGAAGAGAUCAGUCUCAUCAAAGACGAGAAACGAGAGGAAGAAGAACGCAAACAAGUGGCUUCUCUACAGUUCCACGACGAGAAGGAAGAGGCCCGAAACCCCCCGCUGAAGACGCAGACCAGCAUCGUCGAGACCGUCGAGAAAAUUGCGCUUCUCGGCUGGAAGUGUAACACCGACUUUGUCGUUCACGAGGAGGUUCACAGCAUGCUCUUUACCAUUGACAUUCUCCUCACUCCGCGAAAGCCUUCCGACGCGCCUCUCUAGGCGCGGGAGUGAAACCCGAUGUGGUGUGCGUACACCGUGAUGACGAAAAGAGCGGCAGCUGUUGGUCCAACGUCAAGUGCCUCCACAGCUGAGAGAGCAGCGUUUCAAAUGGCGAAAGGUGGUUCACACUUGAUGGUGCGAACGUAGAUAAUCGGUCGACGUUCUGCAAUCUAUGCCUGGACCAGUCUUGGUGCGAUGUGUAUCUGUGCAUGCACGCAGC